ACGAACGAUAAUCAUUUGGUUCGCACUUCGCUUAAUUAUUUGAGUGUUCGACGCUCGUAGUUAUUACUGUUACUAGUUUUCUGGAUUUUGUACAGUUGUAAAUUUUAGGUCGUAGGCCGUAGUCAUUUGUUGUAGCUGACUCGGUAGUCAGUGUACCGUGUACGUUGUAAAGACACGACACUAAGUUGAUCUCAUUCUUAAGAAGAUUGCCUAGUUUUAAAAUUUAUUUUUUUAUUUUUGUCAUUUUUUAAUUUUAAUUAUUUGUUAUUUUCACUAAACGUAAUUCUCUGUAAUAUAAUGGCAGCGACCAAAGGAAAAACGAUCAAAAAAAUUAGUCCGGUAAUAAAUGCGUAUUUACUCGCCUACAAUUUCAUUCAAGUCUUGGGAUGGAGUUAUUUGUUAUUUCAAAUCGUUAAUUUCUAUGUGAACCCACCUAAAUCUCAAACAUUGUGGGACGUUGUAAAGUAUACAGUUGGAAUUUUCCAAAAUGCAGCAGUUAUUGAGAUUUUCAAUGUAGCUGCUGGUUUUGUGAAAACUAAUUUGGCAGUUACUAUUCAACAAGUUUUGUCUCGUGUAGCCAUUGUUGCUGCUAUAGUAUUUAUACCAGAGACAUCAGACUCUCCAGGUUUACCAUUGGCCUUAACUGCUUGGUGCUUUGCUGAAAUUACCAGAUACUCAUACUAUGGUUUCAAUAUUAUUGGUUAUAUCCCUUAUCUAAUAGUUUGGGCAAGGUAUUCAUUCUUCUAUGUUUUGUAUCCAGUUGGCGUUAGUGGUGAAUUAAUAGUAUACUGGACAUCAUUGGGAUAUGUAGGAAGAACCAAAAUGUGGAGUAUCGAAAUGCCUAAUAAAUUAAAUAUUGCACUUAGUUUAUGGUCUGCAAUUCUCAUAGUUAUGCUGGUGUAUAUACCAUUAUUUCCUCAAAUGUUUAUGCAUAUGGUAUACCAGAGGAAGAAAACACUCGGAAGCCCAGAAACCAAAAAAGUACAAAAAAAAGUUCAAUGAUUAAUUAUUUGUAUAUUAUACAACUGGGUCUAGGGUAAUAUUAUUUUAUU